AUGUUCUUCGGCGGAGGAAAGCAGUUUAUCACCGGCGUCUAUGUCCUGGUCACCCUGUUGGCUCUCUGGGUCAAGGUGGUCUCAGGCGCCGGCCGCUUCGAGCUCCAGGUGGACUCGGUCCAGAACAUCAAGGGGCGGGUCCAGACGGGUGCGUGCUGCGGCGGCGCCGGCCCGGGCGGCGUCUGCGCGGCGUGCGCCACCUUCGCCAGGGUGUGCCUGAAGGAGUUCCAGCAGCGGGUGUCGGCGGGCGGGCCGUGCAGCUACGGGGCCACGGACACCCCGGUGCUGGGCGGGAACAGCUUCACCCUGGGGGGCCAGGGGCCCGGCCCGGACACGGGGAGGGCUGUGGUGGCGUUCAGAUUCGCGUGGCCGCGGUGGUACACCCUGACAGUAGAGGUGUUGAACCUCAGUAACACCAGCACGGCGGGGGUUCUGAUCGCGAGGGCGGUCCACACGGGGGUUCUGGCGCCGGGCGUGGGCUGGCGGGUCCUGCGCCACGAGGAGCCGGUGGCUCAGCUGCAGUACCGCGUGCGGCUGCUGUGUCUCGACAACUACCACGGCCCCCGAUGCACGCGCUACUGCCGGCCGAGGGACGAUUCGUUUGGACACUACGGGUGCGACGCCCACGGAGACAAGACCUGCCUGGAGGGAUGGGGCGGCCCGGGCUGCACCACCGCCAUUUGCAGGCAGAGUUGCAGUACAGAACAUGGAUACUGCAAAGUACCUGGAGAAUGCAGGUGUCGUUAUGGUUGGCAUGGCGACCUGUGUGACCAGUGCGUCCUGUAUCCCGGGUGCGUGCACGGCUCAUGCACUCUGCCCUGGCAGUGUCUCUGUGACACCAACUAUGGAGGACAGCUCUGUGACAAAGAUCUGAACAGCUGUGGAACGCGCCAACCAUGUCUAAACGGGGGGAGCUGCAGCAACACAGGGCCUGAUAAAUACACCUGCUCCUGUCCUGCUGGGGUCACUGGUACACACUGUGAGACAGGCAUAGAUGAGUGUCUCUCUCUCCCCUGCCAGCAUGGGGGGGUGUGUAAGGCGGUGGUCUCCGGGUUCCGGUGUGUGUGCCCCCCCCAGUGGACCGGAAAGACCUGCCUCAUUGACGCUGACGAGUGUGAGCAGAACCCUUGUGAAAACGCCCACCCCUGCCGGAACCUGAUUGGAGGAUACUUCUGUGCAUGUCUUCCUGGUUGGACGGGACAGAACUGCGACACUAACGUCCACGCCCCGCCUACGACGCCACCCCCUGGCCUCCUCCCCGCCAAGGCCAGCGAACGCUCGGUCCCCUUGCUGGUUGCCGUGGCAGUGUUUGCCUUGCCUCUGCUCAUUGUCACGCCGUUACUAUGGUUCUUGUGGCAGAAACAGAAAGCCCACGCCGGCAUCAUCACUCUGCCGUUGCCAACGGUGACCGUGGUCAACAAGGUUUUAACCAGCACGGCGAGUGGCCCCCGGGAACAUCUCGGACACAUCAAGAACGCCAUCAACACGCCCGCCCACCGUCACCAUGCCAACAACACCAACACAACCAGCCAGACCCAUCUCCCCCCAUCUUCCAACAGAGAGGUGAAGGUGGGGCUCAGCGCGCUCUUAGGGCCCAACGAAGCCGUUGGUGCGCAACAUGUAUAGCGGCCCCUAGUGGCGACAUCCUAGUACUGACGAUGGGAAAGUGGUCUGAACGGCAGGGCCGGAUCCUGAUUCCUGAUACCCAGACCCAGUACACGGAGGAUCAGUUGUGUUGCCUGCAGACGGGGGUAUCAGCCUGGUGGCCGUACGUAUAACGGGAUGGAGUGUUCAUAUGGAGCGUUGCCCAGUAAAACUUGUUAUUACUUUUGGUUAAUGUUGGGUGUUUUCACCUCAUCUUCCUCAGGUGGUCCAUUCUGUUUUGAGCCAAAGCAUUGUCAGUUUUGUAAACUCAAGAAUUGACUCUGACCAUGACAAGGUUAUUUUUCUUAAUAGAAAAUGUUUUGUUAGUUUCUAUGAAAGUUUUGUUGAACUGUUUCCACAAUUGUUUUUUUAUGUAAUGAAGGAGGGGGUGGGAGGAGCCUAGUGAUCUCACUGCCCUAGGCCAAUCAGAAGGUGGCAGACAUGUUGCUUGCCACCAAAUUAUUCUGUUCCAACAGAUGAGAAAUAA